AUGCGAUUAAAUCAACCGAAGAACAUUAUAACAUUAGUACAAGUAAUAUCAAUUGCACUUGUGCAUUGUGACCCGAGAGAUAUAUUACCCAUACACUGUAAGGGUCAAUGUGUCCCCCUCGAGGACUGUCAUCUUGAUGAUUAUGAGGUGGACAGGAUUGGUAAAAUCACACCAGGUAUUCGUUUUUGUGGGGAUACAAAUCUAAUGUGCUGUGUGGACUUAAAAAAGCAGCCGGAUACUGUCGCACAAACGAAAUGUAUGGACUAUACAAACUUAAAAGAGUUUUGCCUAACGGAACCGCUCAUCCAUAAUGGUACUAAGGCAAAACCAUUAGAAAUCAAAUUUAUGGUCGCUAUAAAAUAUAAUGGUUCAACUAUUUGCGGCGGUACAUUGAUAUCGGAAAACUUUGUUCUCACUGCCGCUCAUUGUUUUGAUAAAUACAAUAUAGCUGCCAGUGAUAUUGGUGUGAUCGUAGGAGCCCAUAAUUUGAAAAAUUCCGGCGUUCCAUAUAAUAUAUCAUCUAUAAUCGUUCAUCCUGAUUAUAGGCCUUACUUUGCGGAUAUAGCCUUAUUGAAACUGGACAAAGUGGCAAAGUUCCCUUCGAAAAUAUUUAAGCCAGCUUGCUUGCCUAGAACGAAUGGCAGCGAACUUGAAGGAUUUACUGUUGCUGGUUGGGGCCCUAUAGCAGAGAAUACGUCCCCAGAUGAAUUAAGAAAGGGAUCCUUGGUUCCAAGCACACGAUGUAAGGACUUAGCAGUUCCUUUUAAUGAAGACAUGGAAAUCUGUGCACAUCCAGUGAACGAUGGCCCAGGAGAAGCUUGCAAAGGCGAUUCCGGUGGUCCGCUAUUUAGUAAUUAUACUGGUUACGAUAGUUGCCUUACAGAAAUAUUUGGUGUUGUUGCUGGCGGUCACGAAUGUCAUACAGCGGCAUCAAGUACACGCUAUACAAGAGUUUCAGUUUUUCGCAAAUGGAUAGAAAGUGUGGUAUGGCCAAAAGAAUAUGAAGAAUAUAUAAGUAAUGAAAAAGAAUAUAUACAAAAAUAAAAGAUUGCCUUCCCUUGCGGAUUAUAAAUUAUAACAUCGACCGAUUGUUAUGACGCUAAUAUGGUAAGAGCAUAAUUAAAGGCAUAUCUAUUGCUUGUUAUACAAAAAAGUUGUCAUACAAGAACUAUAUGAUCCGAUCCGGCCGAAUAACUCAACUCAACUGGUCAUGCUGAUUAAGAAUAUAUGUAUAUACCCUAUGAAUGCCAUGAACCCAAAAGCAAAAUUAUGACACUUUCUGCAGGGGAUCGUUUUGGAUUGCAAAUUAUAUAAAUAUUUACUGUAAACAUAUAUGUGUACUAUAUCUACUAUAAAAGUCGUCUUCACAAAUAUUAAAAAAA